AUGACAGAAGAACUAGAACAGCUUUGGAAAAAACUCUCCUUCACGGAGGAGGAAGACGAAGACAUAGUCUUGGGAGAGAAUAGCACAAAAACAGCAAAAGAACUAGGCAAAAAUUGCCUAGUCAUGAAGGUCCUUACCCAGCGUAGCAUCAACAUAGAAGCCCUGAGGAAAACCAUGAGGAUGCUAUGGAAGACAAACAAGACUGUUCAAAUAUCGGAGAUUGAAGAACUUUUCCUUGUGGAAUUCAGUGACCCAAAAGACAAAAAGAAAAUCAUGGAAAUGUGCCCAUGGAGCUUUGAGAAAAAUUUGGUGCUUCUACAGGAGUUCUCAGGCGAACUAGUCCCAAAGGAAGUAGACCUUAAAUGGUCACCCUUCUUGGUCCAAAUCUUAAACCUCCCUCUUAAAAGCAGAACUAGGGAGACAGGCAUGGAGAUUGGCAGCAAACUUGGGAAAGUCCUUGAUGUUGAUGUCUCGGAGAAAGGCGUUCAAUGGGGACGGUACCUACGGGUUAGAAUCCAGAUGGAUGUUACAAAGAAACUUAUCUGGGCAAAGAAGGUUAGCAUUGAGAAUGAUGAACCAAGAUGGGUUUUCUUCCAAUAUGAAAGAUUACCAAAUUUUUGUUACUUGUGUGGCAAAAUCGGACACAGCGAACACGAAUGCUCUGAAAAGGGAGAAACUAACGGUGGGGUUGGAAAAGAAAAACACAAAUAUGGGGCUUGGCUGCGCGCCGAACCGGUGAAGCGUUCAGGCUAUAGCUUUGGGACACCGAACCAGAGAUCUGAAGAGUCCGAUCAGGCCUUGGGUGGUUCUUGGAAGGAAGCAAACACAGCUGACAGGCACGUGCCCCAUGUGCCCUAA